AUGCCGACGAGUCUUGAGGAACCGCAGAGCCCUCCCCUUGCCACACACGCAGCUUAUUUCGACUUGUCUCGCCUUCCUUGCCGUUUAUGGCGUAGCCGGUUUAGCGACCUUCAUGAACACUCGAUCACCGAGUAUUACCGCCAAGAAUGCCUGUUGGCGUACUACAACCUUCACCAAGAGCCACCAUCGCAUGCUGAAAGCGAACCCCUUGGACGCAAGCGACAGCGCCUCAGUCGACGGGUUUCGUUUCGCAGUGCCACACAAGUGAUGGGCGUGGCAGACCCGAACGUGGACCGAAGGCCAACCUCUGUGGCCCGAGUUUCGCCCGUUGAAAUGCAAGACUUGAUUCUGUCGCGUGUAAUUCCUCCCCAAAACCAGUAA